AUGCCGGACAAGCCUCUCACAAUCGCAACAUACGCUGCUGGUGCCUCCCUAGCAGCCAUCACCCUCGUGUACGUCUUCGGCCCUACAUUCUUCCUCGACGAAGAGAGUUCCAGCGCGAACCGCAAGAAAGGCGUUGUCGGCCUUAGUAAUCCCGCAAAUGACUGCUUCAUAAACGCGAACCUACAAGCUCUUGCGGGGCUCCCCGAGCUUCGAUUAUAUUUAAUCCGAGAGACACAUAGGAGGAAACUCGAUGGCGACGUGCUGUACGCGGUAGAUCCAGCCGGUCGCUAUGAAGACGAGCACAAACGUGAAAUUACGCCGUGGAAGCUGGAGGGACUGCAAAAGGGCGUGGUGACACAGGGACUGAAAGAUGUGCUUGACAGGCUGAAUGAAAGGCCGAUAUAUAAGAAGACAAUAUCCGCACAGAGCUUCAUCGGGAUCUUGGAAAGGGCGUUUCAGACUAGGAUCAGCCGGCAGCAGCAGGAUGCGCAGGAAUUCUUGCAAGUGGUUACUGAGAGACUAUGCGACGAGUAUCAUGCUGGUAUAAAGGCAAGGCGGAAAGCGAAGAAGCUAAAUACUGGUACUUCGUCGGCUGAAAAGAAGGAGGAAGACGAGGACACCAAGGAAGUAGCAGACUCACAGUCCGAGGUUGUGCUGGAAAAGAGCACAAACCAGCCAGACGCCUUUGGUAAAGAGACGGAGAAGCACCAAGAGGAAGAUCAGGAGAAAAAUGUUGAAGAUGACGAAGAAGGGUUCCCGUUCGAGGGCAAGAUGGAAUCAAUCAUCGAGUGCCAAACAUGUCAUUUCCGGCCGAAGCCCUCCGUUUCAACUUUUGUCACGCUCACGCUCAGUGUCCCGCAAAAAACAUCGGCUACUCUGAACAACUGUUUUGAUGGUCUAAUGAAAGUUGAGCACAUAGACGAUUACAAGUGCGACUACUGUCGACUCGAUCAUGCUUUGAAGUCCAAGCGGAAGCUGCUAUCAGCUGUCUCCACGCAGGAGGUGAAGGCCACAAUACAAUCAGAUAUCGAUAAGCUUGAGCAAGCUUUAGAGAAAGACCCAGAGAGGCCACCGGAGGACGUGGAGUUGCCAGACUCGAAAUUGGCCCCAAAGACACGCAUCGAAAGACACGUACGGAUAUCAGAGUUUCCAAAGAUACUCGCGAUACAUCUGUCUCGAUCGCUGUACUCUGCAACGACUCUCUCUACGAAGAAUAUGGCCAAAGUCACAUUCCCUGAAAGUCUACCUCUAGGUGGACUUCUGGAUCAAAAGCGAUAUCGGCUUCUGGGAACUGUAACUCAUAAAGGAGGCCAUAACUCAGGUCAUUAUGAAUCAUUUCGCCGUCAGAUAACAUCUCCACCGUACUCAACACCUCACUCGUUCGGUCAAGACGGUGUCUAUAGCAUACAACCAAGCCCUAAUCCUUCUAUUGCAGCUAGCCCUUAUUCUACCACUCCAACUCUCAGGCCAACAAACGGUACAGAUGUACCACCGACCUCGGAUCCAACCACAUUACCCUCUCCUCUUUCCCCUGUGAAGUCACGCGAUUCAACUGCCCCUUCAUCUGUAUCAACGCGCUCGUCAUCCACGCAGCAAACUCCCAGACCAUCAGCUUCGUUAACAAAGGAGUCAUCUGACUCAGCUCAUCCCCGAGUAAGUGAGUCGUCACUACGGCCACCGACUGUCACAUCACUAGCUACCUCAGAACCCAAAACCCCCAGCUCAAAGACACCUUCAAUUGUCGAUAUCAAGAAUCUGAAGCCCAAGUCGAGGAAGAAACAGCCACUCAAUCGAUGGUGGCGGAUUAGUGAUGAGAAGAUCAAGGAAUGUAAGACUAGUGAGGUACUGGCCAUGCAAAAGGAGGUGUAUCUAUUAUUCUAUGAGCUCGAUAAGCGGACCGACGAAGAAACGUGA